UCGUUCGUUCCGCGCAAAAAUUUCAACAAAUAGGAAAUAAACAGCUGAAUAUCGAGGUCGCGAUCCGAAGCACCCAGACGAACUCACGUGUUUCUUGUUUUGCAUUUCAGCGCAAAAAUGUCGAGCAAAUCCCGACGUGCUGGCACCGCCACGCCGCAGCCCGGCAGCACCUCCACCCCACUGCCGCCGAAUGUGGGACCUCAGCCCCAGCAGCAGCAGCAGGCCGCGAGUCCGCUCAGUCCCACACGCCAUUCCCGCGUGGCCGAGAAGGUGGAGCUGCAGAACCUGAACGACCGUCUGGCCACCUACAUUGAUCGCGUGCGCAAUCUGGAGACGGAGAACAAUCGCCUCACCAUCGAGGUGCAAACCAGCCGCGACACCACCACCAGAGAGACGACGAACCUCAAGAACAUCUAUGAGGCGGAGCUGGUCGAGACGCGUCGUAUGCUGGAUGAGACGGCACGCGACAAGGCUCGCGCGGAGAUCGACAUCAAGCGGCUGUGGGAGGAGAACGAGGACCUCAGGAACAAUUUGACCAAGCAGACCAAGGACUGCACCACGGCCGAGGGCAAUGCCCGCAUGUACGAGUCGCGUGCCAAUGAGCUGAGCAACAAAUACAAUCAGGCCGCCGCCGAACGGAAGAAGGCUUGCGAUGAUCUGAAGGAGGCGCUCAAGGAGCUGGAGCGCCUGCGCAAGCAGUUGGAAGAGGCGCGCAAGAACCUGGAGGCUGAGACACUGACUCGCGUCGAUCUGGAGAACACCAUCCAGAGCCUGCGUGAGGAGCUCUCCUUCAAGGACCAGAUUCACGUGCAGGAGAUCAACGACUCGCGUCGCCUACGCCAGACGGAGUACAGCGAGAUCGACGGCCGCCUCUCGUCCGAGUACGAUGCCAAGCUUAAGCAAUCGCUGCAGGAUCUGCGUGCCCAGUAUGAGGAGCAGAUGCGCAUCAAUCGCGAUGACAUCGAGAGCCUUUACGAGGACAAGAUCCGUCGCUUGCAGGAGACCGCUGCUCGGAGCAACAACUCCACGCACAAGUCCAUCGAGGAGCAACGCACCACUCGUGUGCGCAUUGACGGGCUCAAUGCCAAGAUCAACGAUCUGGAGCAGACCAAUUCCAUGCUGAACGGUCGCAUACGCGAGCUGGAGCAUCAGCUGGACAACGAUCGCGAGCGUCACGGCCAGGAGGUGGCCCUGCUCGAGAAGGAACUCAUCCGUUUGCGCGACGAGAUGACCCAGCAGCUGCAGGAAUAUCAAGACCUCAUGGACAUCAAGGUUUCUUUGGAUUUGGAAAUUGCCGCCUACGACAAACUGCUCAUGGGCGAGGAGCAUCGCCUGAACAUCACCCCGGCCAAUACGGCCACCGUUCAGUCCUUCAGCCAAUCGCUGCGCAGCAGUACUCGUGCCACCCCCUCGCGCCGCACACCAUCCGGUGCACUGAAGCGCAAGCGUACUGUUGUGGACGAGUCGGAGGAUCGCAGCGUCUCGGACUAUUAUGUGUCGGCCAGUGCCAAGGGCAAUAUUGAGAUUAAGGAAAUCGAUCCGGAGGGCAAGUUCGUGAAGCUCUUCAACAAGGGCAACGAGGAGGUGUCCAUCGGCGGCUGGCAGCUGCAGCGCAUGGUGAACGAGAGCGGGCCAUCGACCACGUACAAGUUCCAUCGCUCUGUGAAGAUCGACGCGAAUGCGUUUGUGACCGUUUGGUCGGCGGACACCAAAGCAUCGCACGAGCCGCCCUCCAACAUUGUGAUGAAGCAACAAAAGUGGAUAGCCGGCGACAAUACCAAGACGAUUCUGCUGAAUGGUGACGGCGAGACUGUAGCCAAUUUGGAUCGCAUCAAGCGCAUCGUGUCCACCCAUGUCUCAUCGUCCCGUCUGAGUCGCCGUCGUAGUAUCAGCGCCGUCGAUGGCAACGAGCAGCUCUACCAUCAGCAGGGUGAUCCCCAGCAGUCCGCCGAGAAGUGCGCCAUUAUGUAAUCUUUCGCGCGCGCAAAGCACACACGGAUUUCUCUAUCACACAGACAGACAAACACCGCAGCAGCAGCACUCAAAAAAAACACACAGAGACAGAUUUGUAGUAAUACUAAGUUAUUUUUUGUGGCCCGUUUCGCCGAUAAUUUAAUCAAAAAACAUAUUUGUGUUGAUCUGCUCCACCAGCCAAGAGAUCGAUAAUCCUUCGUCGUCAGAACACCAUCUCCCAACCCCCGUUUUCCGUUUCCAUUACAUGUGCUUCCCUUUUAUAACUUUCCGCACCAAUUUCCCUUUUAAUGUUUCAAAUGUUCACGUUUUGUGUGUUCCCGUUCCCCCUUCGUUUAAAGACAUUCAUAAACUACUUUUUUGUAUGCUUUAUUUGGUAUAUAUGGACCGAUUGAUAUCGAUCUUGUAUGACAUAUAGAACAUACAUAGAACAACCCACACAUAACACACACAUUUUGUAUUUGUGCCAUGAAGAACAUUGAAGAUAUUGUUAGAAGACAAUAUGUUUGAUGGACUUGGGUGCACUCCUCUUUCUCCAUAAGCAAUUAAAAUAUAUAUUUAAGUAUCUCUGUUAGCAAGAAAACACAACAACAUCGAGCAUAAUAAGUAGGAAUCCAGAGAAGAAAAAAAAAACAGAUGCUCCUGACAACAAAAAUAUUUAUAUAAGUAUUUUUUGUACAAUCCGCCUAAAAUACAAAAUUACUUUAUAUACUAUAUAACAGAUAAUACAUACGACAAGUGACUAGAAGCCCAGCAAUAUAUAUAUUUUUAAACAUUGGGAUCCCCCUAGAUCCAGGCUCAGACACUCGACGCUUUCUACCCGGCAACGACCGGUUCUCUUGGGCUUCCUGCAGCCGCUUCUAACUUACCAGGAAAAUACAAUAAUGAAAAGCAACAAAAACAAAAAAAAGUACAACAACAACAAAAAUCGUACAGCUCAGCGAUGCGUCGCAUUUUAAAUAGAUGGGGCGUGGCCGCUCCCAAAAAUUGAUCAUCGUUCCCACGAAGCAAAAACUAUUUUAAAAGAAAAGAUGAGAAGAAACGUGCAUAACGGAACGUAAAAUAUAAGUACAUUUAUGUUUAUGUAUGUAAUUUUCUAUUUGAUAAAACAACAAAAAUAAAGAUAUAAAAUGUUUAA